AUGGUGUUGCGAAUCUGGUUGGAGAGAAGUAUGAAGUAUGCAAUCAACAUCAAGCAACGCACGAAUAUCUACAUAUCUACAAAUCGUGGCGAAGUGGAUGAAGGAGAUCAGUGCUUCCUGGACAUACAAGCGCAGCUGGGAAUCUUCGUGCUGUUCCGGCUGUUUGUUUCCAAUGUGUUUGAGCACUUCUUUCCCAAGAUUCGUCUUUGGUUUCGGAGUUUGUCUUCGUACGACAAGAUGACUUUCGAGAAUUUCUACCAUGGCCAAGUCUUGGAGUUGGCGGAAAUGUCGGCCACAGAGCAGCAGGCAAAGAAGGAACAGCAUCGCAAUUUCGAUCAGUUUGACGAGAUGCUUCUGACGCACGGUUAUGCCACUCUCUUUGCAGUCACGUCUCCUUGGGUCUGCACUGCGACGCUGUUGGCCGUCCUCGUGGAGAUCUGGGUUGACAUGAGAAGUCUUCUGGACAGCAGACAGCGUCCUUUCCCAACCCAGGCGAGGAACAACGAGCCGUGGGGCGCUGCCUUCGAAAUCUAUGGAGUAAUGGCAGCUCUGACAAACGUGCUGUUGCUGAUCUUCACGUCCUCGCAAUACUCUAGUUGGACGAUUACGGAGAAGAUCGUCUUUUUCGCCUUCCUGGAGCACUUGAUCUUCGGUGCAAGGUUGUUCGUUCAGAUCAUUUUCCCCCAGGUGCCACAGGCAGUGGAGGUGUUGUCCCUGAAACAGGACAGUGUUGUCCACCGGUGUUUGGAAGGCAUCAAGGUAGAAAGCAACACAGACUUCAGCCUCUUUCGGGAAAGCCGUGUGCAGGAGGAUGUGCAGGUAUUUGGAUAUGACCUUCUCGAAACGGAUGAGGCAGAUCUUACCUUAUCUUUGAGAGACAGUGGCAAGUCCAUGUACCAGGGUGUGAUUGACGAGGUUGGCACACUACGUGUCAACAUCGGCAUGCCAGUGAGCAAGUGA